AUGGGUAGCAGUCGCGAGGAAUGGUGGUACAAGCUCUCUCAGGAGUGCGCGCAAGGCGCUAUCUAUGACUCAUCGGAACGUCAACCGCACUCUAGAUGCCUUCCGGGAACCAGGGCGGACAUCCUUCAAGACCUCAAGGAGCUCGUCAAUAACACUGACCGCAAGGUCAUCUGGAUCUCUGGCGAGGCCGGUUCCGGGAAGUCAUCCAUCGCGCACACAUUUACUGAUCACUUGCGUGGUGAGGGCAAGCUCGCGGCCACAUUCUUCUUUUCCAGGAAGCAUGCCAAGCGAACCACCUUCAAGCAUGUACUUCUCACGAUUGCAUACCAGCUAGGACUGCAGCACCAUCGCGCUAGAGACAUUAUCGCGAGAGCAAUCGCUGAUGACCCCGCUCUCCUCACCCUCGAAAAGUCUCAUCAGGAUCAGCUCGAGAAGCUCGUCAUUAUUCCUCUUAAGGAUCUCGCUGCUACAGUUUGGAGGGGCCAGUUGGGCCAGUCGCUCAUCCUGGACGCACUUGAUGAGGGUACUGCAGACGGCUUGUCUCAUCUUAAACCAUUCAUCUUCACCAUCUUCGGCCUGCUUCGAAACCAGUCCCUUCCCAUUCACAACAUCAUCGUCACCAGCAGACUAUGGCCUCAGAUACGUGCUGCCAUGCACAACCAGGAAUUGAGAGAUGUCGUGAAACCCCUACAGGUCGAAGAUUAUGACAGCCGCCAGGAUGUUGACCUCUUUUUGAGACACUCAUUCGAUCUCAUAUAUAACAAUCACGCACUCUUCGACUUCUCUAUUCCGCAGCAAUGGCCUCAUCCGGACGAUUUCUUGAUGCUAUCGGAGCGAGCUCACGGUCGUUUCAUUUUUGCAGCUACGAUUGUUAGGCUCGUCGAUCAACAUGAACCUUGGGAUCGUCUCCAGCUGGUUUGCAGCAUGCUACGCGGUAAUGUAGAGGGUAUCUGGGGCGACAUUGACCACCUGUACACUUCUAUCAUGAACAGCGUUGAAGCCUCGGUUCGCAACGAAGCAGAACAUUACCUUCGCUUGAUCGUCGACCUUGCUGAGCCCCUUCCCUUAGAUGGAUUACGCGACCUUUUCGCUAUCGACAUCUGUUCACUGCUCCUACCCUUUUCAGCCCUAAUAUCUGUUCCUCCUACCGCAUCCACCGAUGUUGUUCAGAUCUACCAUACGUCUUUCCGGGACUUUUUGCAAAACGGUAAUCUCGGUAUGAUGGGCCAGGCGGAUGUUUCCUCUGAGCAACACCAUCAGCUGUCUUUUCGCUGCUUCAAGACCAUGGCAAGGCUGUUGAAGCGUGAUAUAUGCGGUCUUCGUGACCCGUCAUUCCUUCACGAGGAAAUUCUUGGAUUUCCACAAAAGCGUGACUCAGUUCCCCAAGCCCUCGUGUAUUCCUGUCGACAUUGGCUGUACCAUCUCCAACUAUGCGUACCAGAAAACGGGAUGAUGGGCGCGAUUUCGGACUUUGUUGAACGCCGACUAUUACAUGCUAUUGAGGUCUACGCGGUACUCGGCGAGCUCGGUACUGGAGCUCAGAUGCUUAGAGCUGCCCGUGAUCUCAUCAUGACUUGGUCCCAGCAGCCAUUUGCGCAGAAAGACCUUGUUUUGCAUUUGCUCCAUGACGCCUGGCGGAUGACCCUGGAUUUCUUCGAUCCGAUCAGCUCUUCCGCCCUCCAUAUCUACGAAUCAGCCCUGCCGUGUUGCCCAUCCCAGUCGCGUAUUCGUGCUACUUAUGGGAUUUCCGAGGAAUCAGUGGUUUUGUUCGAGGAAGGCUUGGAUGAUCAAUGGAGCUGUGUCACGCGUGAGAUAGAGACGAAAUUUGUCAACAUAGACGCCACUUCCCUGUCACCCGAUGGCUCCAAGAUUGCAGUCUUGACACGACUUGGAGAGAACGAAUGGCCAUUGUUCUCCGUCAAGAUAUGGGACACGACGACAGGGCGUCUUUUGACCCAAUUUGAAGUUCCGUUCAUUCGCACGGACUUCCUUUCGGUGCAUUACAAUGGCUCUUAUCUAGCCCUGUAUCGCAAACUGUCCCACGAGCUCUCCCUAUGGCAUCUACCAAGUGGUACACCCGUGGUUCUCGACUGUUUUCCAACAGAAAGGACAUGUCCAUGCGAGGCCGUCGCACUAUCCCAUGAUGGGCAUAAGAUGGCUCUUAUGUCUUUGCAUGACACUGCCAGCGGUACACUCCUAAGGAUUCGUAUCUACAGGAUUGAAACCGUCGAGCGGCUGUUGGAUUACUCCGUAACUCUUGUCUCUCUCACAGGCUUUGACAGAGAAUCUUUUGGCAUCCCAGGAACAAUGGAGUUCUCCAACAAAAACGAUCUCCUAUUGCUUCACAUCGGAAGGCGCAUUGCUGUUUUCAGUGCCACCAGCGGCCGAGCGCUCCAAGUUGACAACACACGCUGCGGCGCUCAUAUGCUGAAACCAUGUCUGGUCAUAUUUAGCCCCAACGACGACUGGAUCAUUCACUUGACCACAUACACCGAUGGAGGUACCGAAGUUGACGUGUUUGCGGUCAAGCAUACUACCGAUGGUUCAGUUCCAGACGGAUCCCUGAUAACCACGAAUGCCCAAUCACCCAUCCAAAAUCCGCUCAAACCGCUCAUUGAGCCCUUGAUAUAUUCUACCGGACUCGUCGGAGUAAAAGUAGGCGAUAGGAUCUCUAGCAUUUGCGGAUCAAGCCGGACUUUAUGGGCGUCCGAAAAGGCGGAAUGGGUAGGAGCUUUGGUACAUGGCCGGCAUGAUGGGAUAGCCACAGGGACUAUAUCGGUUCUCAGUGUUCGUCAAGCUUCCCAGUCGACUAACCCCCAGCGUUCGAACGUCCCAGCUCUGCACCGCUCCUGGGAACCUGGGAGCAACUUACGCAUCUACGCAUAUGACCCGGGAGAUGGGUUCCACCUCGUCAGUCAUCCUACAUCUGACCCGGACACCACCCCUUUAAUGUCCGACAAAGCGUAUUGGGACGCGCCCUUUAAACACCACAGUUUCUCGCCCAAGUCGAAAGUUUCAAAUUUGGGAAAGGAGCUCUCGUAUUCUUCUUGGAACUACUUCCUUGAUGGCGACCCUCUUCCACCGAAUCAGUUUCUCUGA